AGCUUCACAAAAAUGGAGGCAAACAGUGGGUUAACGUCUUCGCACACGCCGUAAAACACCAUUGUCGUUCAACAACCACCACGAUCUGUGGUCCCCGUGCUCAAGACGGCCGUGGAGGAGCCUUGGCGGGAUUGAGCGUGCGGGACGUACGAGUGACGUGCGGUGAUGUCUACGAACGAUGCCAUCCGACGACAGUAAAUGAGGUGGCAUUUAAUCUUGACCCAGAUCCAUUCAUUAUAAGCAGAGCUACCGACAUCAUGGAAGCGGAGAGUGUCUACAUUGAGGUGGAGCAGCCCGAGGAUGUCUGUGUGGACCAUCAGUUCAUGUGUAGCGAGUGCUGCCAACUUUUCAGCACCCUGGAGGAUGUGCUGAUCCACCAGGAGAUUCAUACGAACCAGGAAGGCGAAACGGGCCAGGCAGCCCGCUGCGAGCAGUAUCAGUGCCUGGAGUGUGGCGCGAUCCUCGUCGAUUCAGAGGAGCUCCUGCUGCACCAGGAGAUGCACAUGCAGGUGGCCGGGGUGGAGGCCGCGCAACAAGAGUUGUGUGAGGCUACGGUGCCCGAAGAAUCGAGUUCCCAGGCACCCCAAGCGGUCCAGUACCAGUGUCUGGACUGUCUGGCCUUGUUUGACUCACCCGACACAUGGCUACAACACCGCAAAAGCCACAAUAGCAGCACCACGAGCACCCAUGCAGCAAUGACGCCGCAGGAGUACGUGCUCCAAGCAGAUGGCACUCUGGCCCCCGUCACCAACACGCAGAACUUUGUGCUGAGUGAGCGGCAAGCCGGGGAGAUUUUGGCACAGGUGUUUGCCCAACAGCAGCAAAAAAAGAAAGCCCACCCCGUCUCCAAAUCAGCCCCCCGCCCCUCCCUGCUACCCCCGGUGACACCCGCCCCCGGCUCGGCCACCAUGCACCUUCAGAUCCUGACGGCCCAAGCUCUGGCCGACAGCUCCGGCGAGACGGCGCCGCGGCGAAAAGGGGGGGCCCCGGCGGACGGCGCCGCCCGCCAAGUGGUGCUGGCGUUGGCCCCCGGAGUCCUUGCCGGUACCCAGCAGGCGGUGACUGAGAUGGUGGUCGUCCAACCGUACGAAUGCUCCGAAUGCUCCCUUCUCUUCCAGACACCGGAGGACUUCCUCCAACACCAGGGGGAGCACUUCCUCGCUCAGGAAAAAGAAAGUUUGGACGGGGGGCUCAUGAGCGGCUUUGAGGAAAGCGCGGGGCGCGGGGAACAGACGGACAACUCCGUAAGACAGUCCAACCAAUUCGUAACGGCGGAGAGGAAACCCGCGGCGGCGUCCGAGCCCCAGCAGUGCCCGCUGUGCGGCCGCACGUUCAUCUCCGCCAACCGCCUGAAAUCGCACCAGCGCGUGCACGAGCAGGGCACGCACGAAUGCACCGAGUGCGGCCGGGUCUUCAAGAAAGAGAGCUCCAUGCAGGCCCACCUGCGCACCCACCUGGGCGUGAACAGGUACCUGUGCGUGGACUGCGGCCAAGGCUUCACCACCGAGAUGACCCUCCUCGUGCACAGGAAGUCGCACACCGCCAACCCCUUUCACAAGUGCCAGUUCUGCAACAAAACCUUCACCAACAUGACAAAGUACCUUUACCACCGACGGACGCACCUCAGCGUCAACGCCUGCGGCACACCCGCUCCGCCCACCGCCGGCCCCUCCAGCACGGUAGUCAACGCUGUCCCACGACAAGCCUCUCUCUCCACUCUGGCUAUCCUGCAGCGAGCAAGGGAGAAGAACUCGCAGGUCAUGGCCCCCCUCACCGAGGAGGAGAUGGAACAAAUUGACCAAGACCACGCGGACGUAAGCAAGGUGCACAGCGGUGAGGUUCAAGGAGAGGUGGCCCAAGAGCAUCCCGGCGCCAAACCCGCCGAGGAAGUGGCGCCCGGCUCUUCAGCAAGUGCCGGACCCUCACGGUCGGACAAAGGCCUCUCGGCUUGUCACUCGUGUCCGAAGACGUUCCCCUCGCAGCUGCAGCUCCUCCGGCACCGGCGCUCGGCGCACGGGCCCAAGCGCAGCUUCCUGUGCACCGUCUGCGGCAAGACCUUCGCAAAACAGAUCCACGUACGCAACCACAUCCGCACGCACACGGGCGAACGGCCCUUCCAGUGCGCCGACUGCGGCAAGACCUUCUCGUCCCUCGCCAACCUCAGCCGCCACACGCUGAUCCACACGGGCGCCCGGCCGUACCGCUGCGACGUGUGCCAGCGCGCCUUCUCGCAGUCGUCCAACCUGCGCCAGCACAGCCUGCUGCACGCGGCAGGCGGCAGCGGGGGCCUGACGUGCCCCGACUGUCCCGCCACCUUCCGCUGGCCCACCAAGCUGGCCGCGCACCGCUUCGCGCAGCACCCCGGGUCUCCCGCGCCCUUCCCGUGUUCCCACUGCGAGGCCGGCUUCCUCACCAGGAGGCAACUGGAGGCCCACCGCUCGGCGCAACACCCAGUCGCCCGCUCGGAACCCCAGGACGCCCCCGCCGCAGAUAUCCCGCUUCGAGUUGGCUUGGACUGCGACAUUUGCGGAAAGAAGCUCAACUCCCCCGCCAAUCUGCGGCUCCACAAGCUCAGCCACCCCGGUCCCGGCCGGCCGCUCGGCAAGCACGGUAAAUCCCACCAGUGCCCCGUGUGCGGCAAGCUGUUUGUGUCCAGCUCGGGCGUGGCACUGCACCAGCGAGUCCACACGGGCGAGCGGCCGUACCCGUGCCAGAUAUGCGGCAAGCGCUUCCGCCAGAGCACGCACCUGCGCGAGCACCUGCGCACGCACUCGGGCGUGCGGCCCUUCUGCUGCGAGGUGUGCGGCAAGGGCUUCAUUCAGAGCAUGCACCUGGUCGAGCACCGCCGCACGCACACGGGCGAGCGGCCGCACGUCUGCCCGCACUGCGGAAAGGCCUUCAAGACCUUCUCCAAUCUCAGGAACCACAAGAAGACUCACAGUCGCCAGCAGAAGCUGGACCGGGACGCCGACGCCAAAACUGACUCGGCCGUGGAGAUUUCCACCGUGGAAGUCCCCAAGUUGCAGCCGCACCUCAUCCAGAUCCAAUCCUCGGACGUUCAGCAGGGCACGAACACCAUCAUGUGUAAUGAGUUCGGGGAGACCAUCGCCAUCAUCGAGAGCAGUGAAGGCGGGGCGCUGCCACUGGAGCAGGCCCUGGAGAUCUUUCACACGGCGAUGGAGAACGGCCUGGACGGACUACACAUGCUCUGAGCGAAAAGAAAUGCAAGCGUUAAAACACGGGUGGUAUGAAAACUAUUUAGAUAUUCACACAUACCUCCUGUUCAAAUGGCGUGAGUCAUGAAGAAAUUUUAUUUUUGAAAGACUUUUUUUUUUUUUUUACGAAUGAAUAAAGAAAUUGGUAGGAAAUACAGAUUAGACUUGAUGUCAACAGAUUUUUUUUUCCAUGGAAAACAUGAAAUUUAAAUGUAUUAAGAAAAGUGUACAUUAAAGGAUUUGAGCUUUUUUUUUAGAGGAUUUUGACUAUGAUUUGUAUGAAUUUCAUGUGACAACUGUGAGCACAAAAUGAGGUGUUAAUAAACUGUUUGCAUCCUGAAGAAUUCAGUCACCACAUUUCACUUUUUUAAUUUAACUGACCACCUAACUUUAUUGGCGUACUGAAAGUUACAGAUACAAAUUUAAUUUAUUCAUAGAAAUUUGUCUUUUGGAUACCGGAACAGCCAAACAUAAACACAAAAACAUUAAAAGCCAUAUAGUUUUUGGACCCCCCCAACCCCCAUGUCUUUUGCAUCUCAGAGUCCAGUUUUUGUUUUGUGAUCUAGGUAGACUCUUUACAGUAUUUACCCAACAAGUUUUGCACUACGGUCAAGUGUUGUGUUCCAACAGUUCUAUUUUGAUUGUGACCGUUUGGAGGGAGGAAAGGCAUAAAGUGACAAAAGAAGGAAGUAGGAAAA